AUGUCUCCGUUUAUCCAAAAGUUCAUGUUAUUGUGUCUGUUAAUGUUGUUAUGUAUUCAUGAUGUUCUUGGGGCACAUGUGAAUGUUACUAACUCUUUGAAGGGAAAUUUAGAUUUAACCCUUCACUGCAAUUCUGGAGGACCGGCACCCAUUGAUCUUGGAAUUCAAGUUCUUAAACCUGGUGCUAGUUUUGAUUGGAAGACUAGUUUUGAAAUUAAUGGAAGAUAUUACUAUUGUAGAUUUAAAUGGAAUACAGAAACUCAUGAAUACUUAAUAUACAGAGUUGAUAGAGAUACUUGUAGAAAUUGCAAUUGGUAUAUUACACAAUCAGGACCGUGUAAGGUUCAAUCUCCUAAUAAAUCUAUUUGCGAUUCUUGGAAUCUACCACCAAUGUAA